AUGUGUGGUGUGGAGAAGAUGGACGAGGAGGAGGACAACAAUUUUGUGGCAGAUGAGAGCACAGAGGGUCAUGAAGUCAUCCUGUUUGAAGCACCAGAGGUUGAUGCAUUUGUGGGGGAGAGACACUCGUCCGUGAAGGGUUUGCAAUGUCUUUCUGAAGUUUCAUACACUGAUAAUAAGCUGGACCUGCCCAUCCCAGGGCUUCCAAUGCAGCAUUAUCACAAGAUUCAGGAAUCAAUUUAUUCAGUCGUUGAUGUCUCUUUAGAGUAUGACAUCAACCAAAUGCCCUAUACAUGUGAAGAUGAUGGUUCCAUGCAGGGGCGGACAUCCUCAAAUCACAACUUAUUCCCUACUUUAGAAGAUCAUGAAACUAAUCUUAGAACUAUCACAGACUUCCUUAAGGAACACCGAUUUCUGUCAUUGCUAGAAAGCAUGGAGACCCAGACUGCCAGUAAUGAGAUGGAGGCCUUUGGAUCUGUGAAGUGUGAUAUUUUUGAGGUUCCUUCUGACCAUUGUAUAUCAAAGGAGUGCAUAAACUCUGAGGUCAUAUCCUCUGAUUCGAUGCUACUAGUGGACAAUAUAACCAUAGUGGACACCCUAUGUUAUCAAGAAGGCUCUGCUGUCUGUUCUUUUCCAACAGAGCCUAUCACUUUUGAGGAGCUUGAAUUUGUGGGGACACACUCAUCUCAACUUUGCGAGAUCUUCUUCAACAUGAAAAAAAGUAUUGAAUCAGAAAAUUGCGACCUGAUGAUUCAGAAAGAAUUGAAGUUCAGGAAUUUGAAUGAAUUGAAUUGUCUGCUGGAAUAUUCAUGUUUGGAGGAUUUGGAUUCUCACACCAGAAAUCUGGAUAUGGAAUUAUCUGAAGAUGGAAAGCCAAUACUUGAUUUUAUACUUUCUGAUUUUACUUUGUUCAAGACGGACGAAUAUCAGGAAUCACUUAUUCUUCUUCCUGAAGGCUUGCCUGGCUCUUCAAGUAUGUGCCCAGGUGGUAAGUUCCCAAAACCAUCAAUGCUUAGACAACUGGAUGCGGAAAAUGGCGGUAAGGCUUCAGCAUUGUUCAAGUUCAUGUCGCAAUUGAAUGAUCUUGAUCUUUUCUUGAAUCCUGGGAAAGCAACUGCUAAGGAAAGAAAGAAAGGUCCUUCAGAGGCGACAGAUCAAGUAUCCACACUGCAUCCUUUUGUUCCUAGUGCAGUUAACUCUAAGUGUACUCAAGGAAGUAAUGUUUCUGGCCCCGUUACUGUCGUUGUUGUGAAUACUCAAAACUUUGACAAGGAAAUGAUAGUGUCCAGAAGAAGCGUAUAUAAUAAGAUUCCAGCAAUGGAAAAGGACGGAAAAGAAGUUGUAGAACGUGACAUAGAUCUUCCUGUCGACGUCCUGAUGAAUUCUGCCAUGUGCCUGGCCUGGUCUUUGAGGGGGAACUCAAGUUCUGGACUUUAUGCCGCAGCAGCAGGCCUUGGAAUAGAUUUACAGAUUUUCUGUUCAUACUCAUCAGAGUUGACCAGUGAAAUCAUUUUGAGCAGUGUCUUACAUGCAACCAAGGCGUCAAGGAGCAUAUGUCCUAAAAUGCCUGAAUCAGAAACCAUUGCAGAAACAUUCCUCACCAAGUUCCCUUCAAUUAAUCCUCUGACAGCUCAUGCAAUGCUGUCUUUUGGAGGGACACUAGUCGAGUUUCUUGAAUACUCUAAUGAGCGUAGGAUCCUUGCCCUCCAACAGCAUCGUAUUCCUGACGAAAGCAUAUCACUGUUUACAAACUCCGACAAAUAUCAUUUGAGUCCACAUUCUGAGAGAAAGCGAAGGAAAUAUGUCCAUAGCCCUCCAAAGAUGGAUACAUGCAUGGAGGGCGAGUGGCAGUUUCAACUAGAGGACGAAAAGGAUUGUUGGACGCCUGAUGUAAAGGAGAUUCUUGAUGAGCUGAGACAGUCUAUAUCACAUUUGGCAGACUUUUCUGGUCAUAAGCAAAAAUCAAAUGCUAAUGUGGCUUUCGAUUCUUCCGGUGUGCCAAAACCAUAUGAUGCUCCUCAGCACUCAAGAGCUGCAAAGGGAUCUGAUGUCAAUGAGAACCGGUGUAAGGACUUCAUGGGGGACAUCCUUGACCUCACUAAUAGUUCCUCAUCGGAGAAUGAGAUUCCUCCAGCGAAAAAAUCAGUGUACUUUCGAUCAUGGUUGCGUGAAGAAGAUCAAGAUCUUAUUACCAGACCUAAAGCUGCAAGUAAACUGGCAUAUGGCGGGAACAGUCUAUUUAGUUUCCCAACGGCCAGUGAGAUUAAUCCUGAAACAGACCUCUGGGAGUCUUUUAAGGAUCACGGCGAAAGCAGUUCACAAGAAUUUAAAGGUUUCUAUGAUAAUGUUUAUAAUCAAUGGAAAUUAUCUUCAGAAGACCAGAGCACUGACCUGAAAGAGUUUCCAGCACAAAGAAGUCGGGCAGGAAGUUCUGUUAGGUUGCCUCCAGAAGAGAUGCCAAAUUCUGGCCCAUCAUCACUCUCUAGAAACGUACACAGUGAAACACCACUGUCUAUAGCCACUCAUUCCUCUGAACCUCAGACUAGUUCACCAUGGACGAUGGAGUUUCUUAGUGGCAUCAGAGAGAGGAGCAGAUUGCGGAAGCUUUCCUUGCAAAGCGAUAUAUCUCCUGCCGCUCUGGGCUAUGCAAUAGAUGUAUCUAAAGGCACAAAGAGGAAAAGCCCUUCUGUCGUCAACUUUUUCAAGUACCAAGGACACCACACUCGCGAUAGAAGAUCUGGACCCAUGAAGCAGAAGCCACCUACUUGGUCAUCAAGCGCAUCAAGAAUUGGGAGAGUUCAGACACUGUCAUUUGCAAAUAAUGGUAGUGGAAGUCAAACUAGGCUAGUAUGGACUGAUGGUGGUGUGAGGCGUUUGAACAAAAGGAUGCGGAAUCAAUAG